AUGGCUGCAAAGAGUUUCUCGUCCCGGCUCGGGGCCUCGCGGCGGUUUCUGAACGGCUUCUUGGCCGGGGCGGUGGUGGGCGCCGCGGGAGCGGGGCUGACGGCGCUGCAGUUCCUCGGGCAUCGGGACGCCACGGAGCCGGAUCCGGAGCGGGAGCCGCACGAAUCUGCAGAAAAAGUUGUCUUGGAACAAUUUGGAUUUCCUUUAACUGGAACAGAGACCAGACGUUACACUAAUCAUGCCUUGUCCUACGAUCAGGCAAAACGGGUGCCCAGAUGGGUCCUUGAACACAUAUCCAAGGACAAGAUCGUAGGUGACGCGAACAGAAAACAUUGUAAAUUCAAGCCUGAUCCCAGUGUCCCUUCAACCUUCAGUGCCCUCAAUGAGGACUAUGUUGGAAGUGGCUGGUCACGAGGACACAUGGCCCCAGCGGGAAAUAACAAGUUUUCCAGUAAAGCCAUGGCUGAAACCUUUUACCUCUCCAAUAUUGUGCCUCAGAAUUUUGAUAAUAAUUCUGGCUAUUGGAAUAGAAUAGAAAUGUAUUGUCGUGAGCUGACGGAGAGAUUUGAAGAUGUUUGGAUAGUAUCGGGACCUUUAACCUUACCGCAGACAGGAAGUGAUGGAAAGAAAGCAGUUAGUUACCAGGUGAUCGGUGAGGACAAUGUGGCAGUCCCCUCACAUCUUUACAAGGUGAUUCUGGCCCGCAGGAGCCCGGAAUCUACUGAACCGCUGGCAUUGGGAGCCUUUGUGGUGCCAAAUGCGGCCAUUGGGUUCCAGCCCCAGUUAACUGAGUUCCAGGUGAGCCUCCAGGACCUAGAAAAGAUGUCAGGCCUGGUGUUUUUCCCCGGUUUGGACAGAACCAGCAACAUCCGGAAUAUUUGCUCUGUGGAUACCUGUAAGCUCCUGGGUUUCCAGGAGUUCACCCUGUACCUGAGCACGAGGAAGAUUGACGGAGCCCGGUCCGUGGCCAGACUGGAGAAGGUCCUGGAAACUCUGAAGAGCUCGGGGGUGGAACCUGACGAUUACUUCCUGAGUCGCUAUGAGAAGAAGCUAGAAGAACUGAAAGCCAAGGAGCAGGCGGCGGACCCCCAGCUGGAACAGCUGUCCUAGUCUGGGAGUGCGGAGCACCUGCAAUGGACAGGCAUGCCCUCUCCAGGCAGCUGCAUCGUAAUGACGGAAUCCUGACUACAAAUCUCCCCAGACACU